AUGUCGAUUGUCGUAGACAACGUACGUGCCUGGGAGGCCGACAUUGACCGAAUUACCCGUGGACCACUUGUGUCCUACGAGACCGACGCGGCCGCCAACACCGAUGGCUCCGUAAACGAGGCUAGCAUCGACGCCCUGUCGUCGCCGUACGUCAACGACCUGCUCAAAAUUGUCAAGAAUCUGAGUUCGACCUCGUCCUCUCAGCCCAUUUUGUCCACAACCCGCAUACGAGGCCUGUUACAGCAGUCCGGGUUGCUGCAGACCGCCAAGGAGAUCGAAGAGGAGGAGAAGCGCCAGCAGGAGCAAGAGGGCUAUCUCGACCUCCACGGCCCCCGGCGGAUCGGCACCGAUGGCGCAGAAGAGGGCAGCAGCGAAUCGGAGAAUGGCAGCCUGUCACCAAGCGCCGGCAGUGCUGUGCCAGGGCAGCUUCCCAGAGGAGGAGGAGGAGGUGACGGUCCGGGCGACAAAGGCGAGUUGGCAGCUGAGGUCGAGUGGCUCCUGGUCAGCAAAGCCACCGUCCAGGUGUAUGGUAUACUGCUCAACACGUUGCUAGAGCGCAUCACACCCUUGCACGACGACAUUUGGUACUGGGACGACAUCCUGUCCUCGUACGGCAGCCUCAGCUUGUACACGGUGCAGACAUCCCCGCUGCGGUUCUGGAACUGGGCCAAGGAGGUCAGCCAGGUAGUCGUCGAGAGUCGGACGCGCUUUGCUGCCGCCACCCACACGCCGCUCGGCGCCAUCCGGUCUGGCAGCGCCUCGCUCACGCAGCAAUGGCAGCAAUUCUAUGCCAUUGUGCGCCGGGGCAUUGCCCAGCGGUCUUUUGCAGGUCUCGAGCGGCGUCUGCUGUCGCCCAUUGCACGGUGCCGGGUCGACGCGCGACACAACCAGAAACGCUUGAAGCGGCUGCGGCAACUGAUUGCCAGCGGGCUCGGCAUUCUGAUCGACGAGGGCCUCCGCUUUGACCUGGACGAGGGCACGGACCUCAAGGCUAUUACGGCCGACAAUGGUCGGCGAUGGAAGGGCGUCGUCGAACGCAGCGUGUCGCUGAUGGACCAGGUCACCACGGAUGUUCUGGCCGUCGAGUCGUCUGUGCUGGACUUUGAGGACAAGGUGUUCAAUGACGUGCAGGGCGACCCCAUCCUGACGGCCAACCAAUUCGACGCCAACAAGCCUGCGCGCCUGGCCCGGCGCCUCGACCAACUGCUGGCCCAGGGCAUCCCGGGGCUUGUCGGCGACCUCCAGUUGGUUGUGAAAGACUAUGGGCGCCCGCCUCGGCUGCUGCGCUACUGGCUGCCGGCCGGUAUCCUGUUGCUAUCGUCGUCGACGCUGCUGCGCAUCGUUGCGAACCGCCAAGAGGACAUUGUGCAGUGGAUCCGCGACUUUGGUUCGACCGUGCGCGACUUCUGGUUCAACUGGGUGAUUGAGCCCGUCACGAAAAUCAUUGGUACCGUCCGCCACGACUCCAACAGCGAGAUUGCUAUUAUGAGCCGCGACAGCCUCCAGUCCGACCGCGAGAGUCUCGAGCGGAUGGUGGUCGAGUUUGCUGUGGACCGCCCCGAGUUGGCGGGCUCCGCGUCGGCGCUGACCGAGGUGGAGCUGUCGACGAUCCGCGCCAAGGUCCGGGAGGGCGAUGUGACGCCCGUACUGCGGGCGUACGAAACCGGCCUGCGGAAGCCGUUCCAGGGCGCCGUGCGUGGCGAUCUGGUGCGGUCGCUGCUCAUCCAGGUGCAAAAGACCAAGGUCGACCUUGAGGUGGCCAUUAGCGGCAUUGACGCGCUGCUCAAGAGCCAAGAGCUCGUGUUUGGGUUUGUUGGCUUGACGCCCGGCGUCCUCGUCAGCUUUGCCGCGUUGCGGUACGUCCGUGGCCUGUUGUAUGGGCGCAAGGGUCUGCGCCGCGGCCAGCGCGUCGAGAAGUGCGUGCGCGUGCUGCGCAACAUCGACCGCAUCUUUUGCGAUGCCACCGUCGACCUGGCCACGAUGAACGGCAUCCUGUCAUACAAGCACCGCGGUCUACUGGUCUGCGAGGUGCAUGUGCUGCGCAGCUUGGCCGUGGGUCUGUUCCCCGGUGACAUUGAAAAGGAGUUUCUGGAGGACGUGGAUGAGAUGCUGAACGGCAAGACGGUUGACAAGCAGCGGCUGGCGCUCGACCGUGUGCGGUGGGCCUAUGGGCGGUAUUUGGGUUAA